UAAACAGUUGCGGUCCUUUUUUGGAGAGGGUGCAAUAAUAAUUCAUAGAAGUCUUUCCUGAACGUUGGAUGUGUUUUUCAUUUGGAUCAAAAGUUUGAUAUUUUGUUGAAAAAAAGAACAACCCGAAAAAACAACGGUAAGCUUCGCACGAGAUGGAUGAUCAACCGAAAGCCGAAGGGGAAGCAGAUAAGAAAAUUGUCCAUGUCUAUCCGUUAGUCAAGUAUUCCGAUAUGAACGACGAUGUCCGGGCCGAGGCGAUAGAAUUGAGCAUUACAGCUUGUGAGAAAUUCGCACAAAAUUACGAGCAUGCAGCGAAGGCGAUCAAGGAACUGAUGGACAAGAAGUUUGGAACCUUCUGGCACGUGGUCGUCGGCGAAGGGUUCGGCUACGAGGUGUCCUACGAAACCAAAAACAUACUGUACCUUUUCUUCGGCGGUAAUUUGGCUAUCGUUUUGUGGAAGUGCUCUUAAAAAAAACAUACAUCCUUGUGAGGAUUACGGGAAAGUUACCAAAGAUGAUUGAUCUCUAUAUAGCGAAAAGAUUGUCAAGCUUCAAAUUUGAAUAAUAUAAUUCAAGUAAUUAUUUUAAUAUGUAAAUAUGAGUGUGUGUUAAUUUUAUCUUUUGCAAGUGUGACACUCUUUUGUCGAUUUUUGUACCGAAGUGAAUCUCUAGAGUUAACAAUUUAAAAUGUAUCAUAAGAAAGUUGACUUGGGACAUUCAUUUUCGUUUGUACAUAGUGUAACAUAUUCAAAUUUCUACGUGUCGUUCGCAUUUUACGGCAGCUGUGCAUAAUGUAAAUAAGUAUUCAAAAAUAUUUCUCACGAUCUGCAAUGCUGUUCUACUCAAAUCUGGAACAAACAGCGUCGUUUUCUAGAGGCAAUUGUGAAUAACACUUGAAAAUGUGUGUUUGCCAUUGUAUUUCAAUGAAGUCUAUUUAACGCUUAAUCCACCAAUGUAAGUAUUAUGAAUAUUCUACUCAACCCUGCAUGAAAUCUUAUACCUAACUCAUACAAAUUUAGAAGUUUUUAAAUGGCAACCUCUCAAACGCGCACUUCACACAAUAAAUACUAUUUUUAGGCAAUAUGUUCUAUAGGUACAUAGGUAUAGGUAAUCGAUAUUUAAAAAAAGCCUCGCAAGAAACUAAGCACAGGGUAUAUGGCACAUGUUUGCUUCGCUAUCAGACUAAAAUUUGUCUUAAUGCGCCUUUUUGCAAAUACCUAGCUCGUAUUUGGACGACCCCCGCCAAGCGUCGUCAGACCUAUUGCUUCCUCGCAUCAACUUUUCAACCAAACGCAAGUGGCCUUGCUGCUCAGUUUAACCGGAAGCAUGGGGCUGGAAGAGGGAAUUGGAUCCCCCCGUUCAUAAUAAUAAUACCUGAGUCUUUGAGUGAUAGCCGCGGAAAGGACUCAGAAAACGACAUUACUCCCUUAUGAGCUCUAUUCUUGUGCGUUUACCAAUUAAUACGAGGGAAAAGGACCCUGAAAUAACCCAAACCAACUUCAAUGACUAAGCAGUAAACUGGAGAAGCAGGUGCUACAAGCCGAGAGGGGCCACAUCAUUAGCCAUUGGCCAUUAGCCACAAAUGGAGCGUAAACAUUGCAUCUGACCAUAACUACGUCCUUGGUGAGAUACGACUGCGAAUUGCGCGUGUUCAACGGCGCGAAAAGAAGGUCGGAUCACGGAUUCUGUGUGGUCGGAUAUCGAUACGACGUCCGCCGGUUGAAGAAUCCGGAGGUUCAAAGGGCGUUGAACAGCUUGAAUCCCGAGCCUCGGAACUGUCGACAGACGUAACAGUGAUGUAGAAUCAAAACUACCUUUAUCACGACAACCCAUGGUACUCUCGGUAAAGUGUUUGUAAUGGAUAUCGGAUGAAACCUAGAGAAUGGUCGAGGAUUGGAGAAAGGCGAAAGUCGGAAUUGAGCAGGCCUGUACCGGGUCAACCAAAGCAGCCGCCCACUUACGAUAUACGGAGCUGGAAAAGGCAGUUAAACGAGCUUGUAGACGAGAAAAGAGAGCCUGGACAAACUCUCUUGCCGAAGAGGGAGAAAGAACCGCCGCCAAUGUAGAUAGCUUAGCUUAGCUAUGCAUCAUAAACAUUUUUUUAAAUAUCAACUCUAGUGGAACUUCGUUUCACUUGGGAUUAGUGGUUCAUUCUCAGUGUACAAAACUAAUGCUUUCCCUUUUUUAAAAGAUUAAUAACGGCGCCGACCACGUCCUAGUAGUCAAUGGGGAAAAAAAGGAAGAAACGUUAGUGUGAUACUCUUUAGGUGCAACUAGCAACCUCUUGCUCCUUCAGAAAGAUCUGUCGCCAAUGUAGAUAUCCGAUAAAUUUAUGACAUUUCGCGCCACCUUUGUGGCGAAAGGACUGAUACUAGACCGAGCAGGUCAACUAUUGACGGAUCGAACUGAUCAGCUCAAACGUUGGACUGAGCAUUACGAACAACAUCGCUGACUGAAAUAGAAGCGGCAAUCAAAGACAUGAAAUCCACCAAAGCUCGGUUGCAUUCCUGCUAAAAUGCUCAAAGUCAUCAAAUCGAGAAAAUUAGUGGAUAUCUAUAUCGAUUGGCAGUCGUAAAGACGCUGGCU